AUGGAUGGCACGGAAAUAAUUGUUGCAGGCGUGCAAUCUCCGACACCUACAAAUUUGUUAAGAUCGUUGGCCUCACCAGUCUGGCAACCUAACUCACCCAAUCUGGAUGCCAAAAUUGAUUUCUACACUGACCAUGCCAUGUCGAAAUAUAGCUACACACAGGAACAGGCACUUGGGUUGUUGUUUUGGCACAAACACAACGUUGACAAGGCCCUGGCAGACCUGCCUCAAUAUGCUCCAGCUCCAGAUGAUUGGUGCACCGAGGACAGGGUCCUCUUUGAACAGGCAUUCACAUUUCUUGGCAAGAACUUCAACAGAAUACACAAUAUGUUGCCUGAGAAGUCGGUGGGAAGCCUGGUGAAGUAUUAUUAUUCGUGGAAGAAGAGGAAGAACAAUGUCAGCUCUAUGGACAGACAAGCGAGUAAAAUGCUCCAUCAAGAUUUUCAAAAUAGUGAAAAAAAUGAAGAAAUUGAAAAAUCUCAAAAACAGUCUGACUACUGGAUGUGCAGUAAGUGGUCUCACGCACGAAACAAAAGUUCAUUCGAUCUCUACCUGAACGCAGAGGAACUGCUGAUGUUGAUGAACGGACAGGGGGAGCACAUGUUCAGCCUCCUUGAUAAUGAACUGUCUGCAUCCAGGAAGAAGGUAUCCAACAACAAAGUCAUUAUUGCCGGCAUGAAGCGAAGAUCAUCUUUUGCUAUAGACAAAUUUAGGAUUCCAGAGGUUUCACGAACACACACAACUAAAUGGACGAAUUCUGAAUUGCUCCUGGCAGUUCAAGGUAUCAGACAGUACGGAACGAACUUUCAGGCUAUUAGUGAGGUCAUUGGUACAAAGUCGGAACAUCUUGUCAGAAAUUUUUUCAUGAAUUUCAAAACACGCUACAACUUGGAUGAAGUAAUGAAGGAAUAUGAAAAAGAGAUGAAACUGAAUGCAGAGAGCCAACAACGUCAUCCACUGCAUCAACAACAACUUCCUAUUGACCAAACAUUUCCAUCCACAAACAAACAUCAACCUUCUCUAGCUCUGAGCAACCAAGCGUAUAGGCAAACACGUGAACAGGGACACCAACAACAACCUUCCACACUGUUGAAACAUUUCAACAGCAAGCAGAUCUGA